AGGCUGGGUUGUGCCGCGAACCGGCGGCUAGGCAACACAUGCUGUCGCAGAGCCGCAUUGGCGAUCGAAUAAUAUGGUGUGUUACAGCACGUUACCUCGCAUGAUGCCGGUAUGGACGCACAAGGCUAUUUCCGAAUUGUUUGCCUCCCUGGUUUCGGCCAUUCUCUAGCCUCGCUCGUGCAGAUUGUCUGGUCACGCUCGAGUAGGCAGCUCUGGAUACGGUGGAACAUACGAAAGGACGGGAUAUUUACUUAUCUCCUACUAUAUGUAUAUGUAAUGCUUGGGCUGGAUUCGAUACGCUGGGGUUACUGUUGUAGCCUCGGGGGAGGGCUACCUACCUAUCUAAUGAGCGUGUUGUGUCUAAACAGAGGGGGUAGGGGUAGGGAGUAUGUAGUAACACUAUAGUCUACAUAGCAGUCGUCGCUUAUAGAGACGGCUCAUCUGCCUACUCCUUGUUUGUGUAUUCGCGGCCAAUGGAUUUAUUCAUUUAUCUAGUCGUGUUUCUCGAUUGGACUUAACAGCCUUAUACUCGCUCUUAGAUAUGUACACUUUCAUCCCCUAACAAGGCGA